CACAUUGGUGUGUUAGUUCAGUAGGAGCUGAGACACAUCAACAUGAGUGUGCUGCUGCUACUCUUGCUGUUUGUCUCUUCUACGUUGUCCGAUCCAAUUGUCAGCAGAGUCUCGACAUCUCAUAAUCCAUCAUGCAAUGUGUAUGUGUACAAUGUGACUACACAAACUCAUAUGAAUAUGCCAGGAGUUGAUAUUACGACUGAUGGCUUUACAAUUGCAAUGAGAGUCAAACUGUCUUUGUAUGAUACUAACAAAACGUUAGCUAGUCUGAAGAUUCUGAGUUGCCAAUUACAGACAUCUAUUGGUAAUCAACCGAGCAGUUCAGUCCUUUGUGAUGAGUUGGUCAAGCAUAAUUUAUUUUUUGAGUAUGCCAUGGCCAGCGGUCGCGUGGGUAAGAUUUUUGCUAAAAACGAUGAACGUGAAGAGAUACUAAACGUGAAACGGGGAAUCGUCAAUACUUUUCAAGUGCCACGGAUGCCAGAAGGUCUUCAUAAGUACCAAGAGACUGGUAUUCUUGGUACGUGUCCUGUGACUCUGGUUAGCUCUAAAACUGAAGAGGGUGAGAGCAUGAUCAAAGAAACUGACGUCGGUUUGUGCUAUCCACGUCCUUUCUCCACUAAACUUCGACGUAAUCUGGUGCAGGAAUCAGCUUUUGACUUUGGUUGGAUGAUGGGCAAUUAUGAGUUUAAUACAAAAGGAGUAAUGACAAAAAGUAACGUCGCUCAAAGGCAGGCCUUUACAAGACUUGGCAUACAGGCAGGAUCAGCUGACAACUUGAUAAGGCAAAAUAUAGUAUUGGCAGAGGAGCUCUCUGAGGAAUGUUUGCAAAGUGAGUAUGAUGUUGGUUCUUAUAAGGAGACUCCCAUUACCUUUAGCAACAUUAGUAGUGUUGUUCCUCAAAGUGACAGUUGUAUAUCUGAAGUUGAGACCCAUUUUAUUGAUCUAUCUAAUGCUGAAGUGAAGUCUGUCCCAGAGUUGUUUACUCGGCUAAUUGAUUUGUUGGGGAAAUGCUCAUACUCAGAUCUUGAUAAUCUAUGGAGGUCGUAUGUUGACUGUCUCGAUGUGUCUGAUGUUGAUCAUAAGAGAAAUCUACUACAAGAUAAUGUUUUUGAAUCCAAUAAGUCGUCCAAAAAUCAUAUGUUCUUCUUGGAUGCUUUACCAAAUGUUCAUACUGAUGCAGCAUUGCAGCUGAUUGCAGAUUCAGCAACAUCUAGCUGUCUUAGUGAUGCAAGAUAUGUGUGGAUGACUACCCAAUUGAUUGAAUGGUCAUCAAGUGGGACAGAUGCGUGUCAGAUACUCAUGUAUAUUCUGAACAUGGCAAGAAAUAUUACAGACUCAACUUGGACUAAUCGCAUAAUGGGUACAUAUGCCACUCUGGGUGCUGUUGUUGACACUGCUUUAAGCUUUCAGGAUAACAGAUGCUUGUCUCUUAUUAAACAGUCAUCUGAAUUUCUCACUACAAAACUUGAUGAGUAUGUUGAUGCCAUUCCUAACAACUAUAACAAACAAUCUGAUGAUGCUUCCAACAAGGAAAAUUGGGAGAAUGCAAUCAGUACUAUAAAAGCAUUGGGUAAUGCAGGAGUUCCCAGCACCAUACCAUCUCUACAGAAAUCUAUUAAAGAGAAGAAGCUGCAGUCUGAUGGUCGCGUUUCUGCUGUUUAUGCUCUCAAAAGAGCGGGUUUCAGGACUCCAGAUAUGGUUCGAAGAAUUGUUGUAGACAUUGUUACUAAAGAACAAGACGUUGAACUUCGUAUGGUUGCAUUUUCUGUCUUUAUGGAACUUCUUGAAGCACCAGGUGCUCCACCAGUCGACGAAUGGAAGAAAGUUAUGCCUGUUUUUCUGAAUCAAGAAGAUCUUAACUUAAAGAGUUUUAUCUGCACUUACCUGUUAAAUGUGGAGAAAAACAAAUCUCCAGUUUGGGCACAUGGUCGAUAUGGUGCUCACUGGCUGCUGCGCAAAGUUGGACUCUUUUAUCCAUGUAUGGCUGUUGUUAAGAGCAAGGGAAGGUUCUUGUCUAUACAUGAUAAUGGCUACUUUUCAGCUGCUGAUUUGUUGAGAUCAAAUAUCCCAAAUGAUGCAUUUGGUUUUGAUUAUUCUUUUCACAUGAUGCGAACUGAACCUAGUUGGCUGCCACGUUCUCUUAUGAGCAAAUCUGUUCUGAAUUUGUUUGGUUACAACUUUGACUUGUUUAAGAUCUAUUCUCGUGCUACUGGUAUGGAUCGACUGUUACGUCAUUUGUUUGGUCCUACAGGCUAUGCUCAAAUGGAUACACGUUUUAUGGGUCCUAGUGGUUUGCAACAAAGUGAAGAAUUUAGGAUGGAUGUGACCGAGGAAGACAUGAGUAUGUUUACCAGUCUAGAUUGGAUGGGGUACACAAGAGUCUGGGGCCAUCAAGAACAGAACUGGUACAUGAGGACUUUGUAUAGUCCACGCAUUACGUCUCUACGUGAAUAUAUAGCUAACACAGACUUUAGAAAUAUGGGCUAUGAAGACGUCAAAAAAAUUCUUCCAGAGAUGGUCAAAUAUAUUAGAUCAAUACUUGAUGGCAGAUUUGACUUAGAUCCACAGACCAUUGAUUUUAUGAAAACAAUUCGAUUUGUGGACAAAGAAUUUGUGUUUCCCACAUUUACUGGUUUGCCUAUGAAAGUGCAACUGAGAUCACUUGCACACGUUGAGUUGGAGUCAGAACUAAAUGUCAGUGUCAUCACAAAAUCCUUGGUAAAGAGGAUGGUUGACAUGAUUUAUAGAUCCACAGAGGAUGAUUGGAAAUUGGACUUACAUUCUAAAAUGAAGACCAGGUUUACUGUGUCAGACGAAAUUCAAACUUUUGUUGAUGCUAUUGAUAUACAGCCUCGUCUUGUCUUUCGUGCUAACAUGAGUGCUGACAACAAGCUCGGCGUUAAUGCAACAAUGUUUCAUAAUGGAACUGUUGUUGUCAAGCCAAUGAUCGGUUUGAACAAUCCCAACAUAAAAAACGUUCUAUUCAAUGCUACAUACAAUCAAUAUAUACAAGUGGGAAAUUAUUCUAGAAAACUUGGAAUUUCAAAAACAAACACGACAUCACUGGUGGAGCCACUGUGUUUGUAUGAUAUGGAAAUUUGUAUUCAUACCAAUGUGUCUUAUGCAAAUGGCACAGACCUCAGUCAAUCUCCUUUGUUCCUAUUUGCUGGACCAAUGAACUUUUCUCUAUCUCUGGAACGUAGUUUCCCUGGAGGAAAGCAACCUGAAAUUGUUGUUUAUAACAUCGCUGAUCUCUCCCACAUAUUUUCUGGCUCUGGAAAUGUCUCUAUGGUUGUCAACACAGUUGGUACUAACCAGAGCACAAACAUUUAUUUGGCAUGGUAUAAUUCAGAAGACAGUAGGAUGAAGAUAAUUGAGACGAGAGGAGUUAGUCGUAUGCGUCAGAUGUAUGGCCGUUUCUAUAGCAAUCUCAACAAGUGGUUUGAUGUCGAAGGAAGUCUGACAGUGAACACCCCCACUCUCGAUGCUACGGUGCAUGGGAGAGUGAACUUUACUAACAGUAAUGUAACUUUGUCAUUUGUACGCCGUGGACCAUCAGCUGAAACUCUUUUGAAAGUUCCUGAUAAAUUUGUACUUCAAGCGACUUGGACACUGGUAAAGUACAGAUAUACUGACAUACAACUAAUGUGGUAUGUUAAUGGAGGUGACAAACCACAAUGGCUACGUCUUGAGCUGACUCCAGUGGGUGUUGCUGCUGAUGUCAAAGUCCAGUCCAGUCUGUUUAGUCCUUUUGACUUUCCAUUUGUCGUUCAUCCAGUAAUUACAUUACCGACAUGCCACGUGUUUGGCAGUAGUAAAACAACUCUGAUAACGUUUGAUGGCAUGAGGCAUGAGUUUAUGGCUCGUCAUGAAUGUGAGUAUGUGUUGGCUCGUCAGCGCACCGUCAAUGAUACAUUUGCAGUUACCUACCUUGGCAAUCAAGUCAGAGUUUACCUUAAUGGAACAACGUAUACCUUAGAUUCAUCAGGGCUCAAGAUUGACCACACAAAAGUUUCUUUACCGUUUGAAGAUUACAAGGUUGUCAACGUUCGACAUGUAACAACUAAUGGACAUAUGUACACACGUUUUACAGCUUGGGCUGGUGUGGACAUGUUCUACACUUCUGGUGGUGUUCAUCUUAGUGUCAAUCCAUUCUAUCGAAAUCAGACAACAGGUUGGUGUGGCAAUGCAAACUACGAUCGUUCACAUGUUGAUGAAAUGAUAAUGCCCAAUGGUGAAUCCACAAUGUCAGCGGAGAACUUCAUUGAAAGCUGGAAAGUAGAUACAAUGUGUAUGUCGCCGAAAAAUGAGAUGCCGGCUGUCAGAGAGCCAUUAGGAUCAGAUCUGAUGGAGUGCGAGAAUAUGUUGUUGACUGUUCUUAAAGCUGGUCAUAUUCACACUGAUGUGUAUCAUUUCUACAAUACAUGUGUGCAUGAUGCUACACUGGGCAUUAAUCCUAAAGUUAGCAUCCGUGCUUACUUGCUGGCUACUCAUGCCAAAGAGAUUGACGUUGAAAGUUGUGAGUAUGGGGCAUGGAACAACUGGACUGGCUGUCAUGAUGGAGAAGAGGAACGAACACGAGAACUGAAACGGAAUUUGCUGGCAGUUCCGUGCACUCAUACUAAAGAAACUCGUCCAUGUUUGGAGGCUCCUGCUUGUCGUGAUGCUGCCAAGCAGAUUGUUUACAUAACACAAGGAGAGAAGAAGAUAUGCAGAAGUGUUCAUCCUACUUUAUAUUGUCCCAAAACGUGUUCAUCGGAAGUAGAGGAGGGAAUUCAAGAAUUUACAUGCAUUGAAAUUGGUGAACCAGGUAGCAAGUUUGACAAUGAAAGUCCAGUAUUUUUGGCUUACACUGCUGUUGUGGAUUGUCACGAAGAAGAGUGACUGUGAGAACAUGGUUACUGUCUUGCUUUGUUUGUGUGUCUCGUCAGUCAGAGUACAGUUAUAAUGUCUUACUUUGUUUGUGUGUCUUGUCAGUCGGAGUUUUCUAGACUGUAGUGCUUGAUGUAUCUUCAUGAUGUGAGUUGUGAAUUGAACUCAUGAUGCAAUGAA